UGGCGAGUAGAUGGGGCGGAACCGGUGAGUAGUAGGGCGGGGUUGCAGGCCUGCGCGCUCGGCAGCCACUGCUGGGCGGAGAACAAACGCGGGCCUGGCGGAUCGCAGCGGCGCGCGAAGACCGCGAGGCGACCCGGAGCCGCUGGGACUCCGGCUGCGCGCCCCUCGGCCCGGCCGGGAGCCGCGCCAGUCGGAGCCCCGGGCCGAGCGCGGCUUGCCUCCCUCUCAGCGUUCAUCUGUCUGCAGUGCAGCCAGCGGGCAUGACCGAUCCACCAGGGGCGCCGCCGCCGGCGCUUGCGGGCCGCGGUUGAAGAAGAAAGUCCGGCCCCACUCUACUCAGAGCGAGUACGUGGCUCACAGCAGGGAGUUAACCAAAGGUAAGAAAGCGAUCCGCAGCAAGAAAGUGACCGGGGCCAAGGAGGAGACCCAGCUGGAGGAGGUGACCACGAUCGAGGAGGCAACCCAGACUGAGGAGGUGACCGUGGCCGAAGAGGUGACCCAGACCGAGGUCAUGGCCCAGAAGGAGGAAAUGGUCCAGACGGAGGAAAUGGAAACAGCCGGGCUCAGCGUGACCGUCACCCACAGCAAUGAGAGGUAUGACCUUCUUGUUACCCCACAGCAAGGUAAUAGUGAACCAAUUGUCCAAGACCUGGCUCAGCUUGUUGAAGAGGCCACAGGGGUUCCGCUGCCUUUUCAGAAGCUCAUAUUUAAGGGAAAAUCUUUGAAAGACAUGGAGACACCAUUGUCAGCACUUGGAAUACAAAAUGGUUGCCGGGUCAUGUUAAUUGGAGAAAAGAGCAAUCCAGAGGAAGAGGUUGAGUUAAAGAAGCUGAAUGAUUUGGAGGUAGCUGUAGAGAAGACAGCUAACCACCUGGAAGAGUUGAAUAAAGAGCUUUCUGGCAUCCAGCAGGGUUUUCUGGCUAAGGAAUUGCAAGCAGAAGCUCUCUGCAAACUUGAUAGGAAAGUAAAGGCUACAAUUGAACAAUUCAUGAAGAUCUUAGAGGAGAUUGACACAAUGGUCCUACCAGAAAAUUUUAAAGACAGCAGGCUAAAAAGGAAGAAUUUGGUGAAAAAGGUUCAGGUGCUUCUAGCAGAGUGCGACACAGUGGAGCAAUACAUCUGCCAAGAGACAGAACGGCUGCAGUCUACGAACUUGGCCCUUGCUGAAUGAAGUGUGGUAGAGAGUGUGUGUGCUGGCCUAAGGGCAGCUUCAUAGCCCUGCUCACUCUGAAACAGAAGUUGCUUGUUUCUCUAGGGUGGCCAGAGGCAACUGGUCAAAUGUCAAUUUCGCUAUUCCUCCAUCAGUUCUCAAUGAAAAAGUACUGUCUUUGCAACCUCAAA